GUCACAUGAUGCCCAACCUGACCGGUUAGUUUUGGUACCAGAAGAACUCAGGAAUGUUGUUUGAGAUACUCCAAGAGAUGAGGGUUUGAAGGGCACGCAUGACUUGCUGUUGUGAGCUUUCGAUCUCAAGUCGUGCAGACAAACCCAGUCUGGUUUGUUUGUGUCCCUCCAAGGUCCUUUGCCCAGUUUAUGUAGCCGCUAGGUGUCGCUGCUGUCGGGCUACCUGAUAAAAUUUGCUGAUACAUUUUGUACAAAUCAGAUAGUUACCAAGUUGUGACAUACAUAUAGGAAAUUAUUUUGGUACACUUUCAAGACAUGAAUCGGUCAGAGCCAAUGUCAUCAUCUGCUGAGGAAUCAGACCCACUUCUCCUCAGCAAUCAUGAUGACAAUGAAGAAAAGGAGAACAGUAUCCAGACCAGUAUCGGUGGUCUGCGACAGGGGGACAGUCAUGAGGCGCAGGGGAAGGCCUCCUUCGGCAUGUCUGUCUUCAACCUCAUGAACGCCAUCUUAGGCAGUGGCAUUUUGGGACUGGCAUACGCGAUGUCGGAGAGCGGAGUUAUUCUAUUCACAAUCCUGAUGAUGAUUGUUGCCGGAACAGCCAGCUAUUCCAUCCACCUCCUGCUGAGAAUGUGUGAGAUUUCAGGGGUGAAGUCAUAUGAGGAUGUAGGCUAUGCUGCAUUAAGAAAACCAGGAAAGUUUUUGGCUGCAGGAGCAAUUCUACUUCAAAAUAUAGGAGCCAUGUCUAGUUACUUAUUUAUAGUGAAGACAGAGUUCCCUGCCGUCAUCAGGACCUUCAUGCAGCUCCCACCUGAUGCACAAGCCUGGUACCUGAAUGGAGAUUACCUACUGUUACUGGUGGCUGGGCUGGUUAUAGCACCGCUUGCUGCUCUCAGGAGAAUAGAGUUCCUUGGGUACACAAGUGGAUUGUCUAUAGCCUGUAUGGUGUUCUUCACUUCAGUGGUUGUUGCAAAGAAAUUUAGCUACCCCUGCCCAGUGCCACCACAGGACUGGUCCAAUGUUACAAUUCCCAGCAAUGCCACCUGGUUUCCCCUGCUUAACAGUACCACUGCAGAUCACAUGGUGGCGCUGCAGAACAGCUCAACUGUGCAGGACUGCACAGCUAAAAUGGUCGUCCUGACAGAAAGGACUGCCUAUGCCCUGCCCACUAUGGCCUUCUCCUUUGUGUGCCACACAGCUGUCCUCCCUGUGUAUGUGGAACUCAAGAGGGGUAAUGUGGGAAGGAUGCAGAAUGUGGCCAACACUUCCAUUGGCAUCUCAUUUAUCCUGUACAUGCUGUCUGCACUGUUUGGUUACCUCACAUUCUAUGGUAAUGUCCACUCUGAGCUGCUGGAGAGCUAUAACUCCUUCAACCCCCACGAUACUGUGAUUCUGGUGUGUCGGCUGGCCGUGCUGGUGGCCGUCAUCCUCACAGUGCCGGUGGUGCACUUCCCUGCCAGGAAAGCGAUCACCCUGAUGCUGUUCCCCGGCCGCCCGUUCUCCUGGCUGGUCCACCUGUCCAUCACGCUGUGCCUCAUGGUGCUGGUUAACUGUCUGGCCAUCUUUGUACCAGACAUCAAGGAUGUGUUUGGAGUGGCAGGAGCGACGUCCUCCACCUUCCUGGUCUUCAUCCUGCCGGGCCUGUUCUACCUCAAAGUCAGCAGUGAACGGAGAUUCGCUCUGCACAAAAUACUGGCGGCUGUGAUAGCUGGUGGUGGGACGUGCCUGUGUAUCCUGAGCCUCACUCUCAUCACCUCUGACAUCAUCCACAGAGCCACAUGAAGAUGGCAGCAUCAUGCAGUUUUUAUCUUAGACUUAGAACAUCUCAGUACUUUACACAUGGAAAAGGGUGCUUUACUUUCCUCAUUUUACUUAGGUGUAUGACAAAUUUUAGGUGUUAAAAUGCUUUUGUUUUAAAAGGCUUGAACACUGCUGCCUGUGCUUACAAGUGCAUUGUGAUAAUGUGGCAAGUAGUGAUAUUGUGUACGGUGUCAUUAUUCUGUAUUGUGAAGGUACUACUCAGUUAUUGGUCUCUUGAUAUAUGUAGCGAAUUCAAAUUCAGGCAGUGUAAAGGAAAGUUACCAGAAUGUCUUUCAGGGUUACCAGUAAUAAUCUUUAAGUGCAACAGAGGAUCCAUCCCGUUCCUUAUAAAUGUAACACUGGUGUUACUUGCGUUAAGUGUACACAGUGUCCGACUGUAGGUUCGUUUAAUCAAGAACUAUGCAAAUCAUUUAUCACUAAGGUAGAGAUAGGUUGUAAUGCUGUAUGUCUUUAUUGGGAAUCAUUGUACUUAUAUAGAUUUGUGAAAUGUGCAACAUAAUACAAAGCUUUAAAUUCUUUA